CCGCGCCAUGGCCAAGGCGUUGCUGUUGCUGUGCUGCCUACUGGCUGCAGUUAGUCGAGCUGCGGCUCGAUUGAGCAAUGAGACGUAUUUUGUGAAUAGUGCUUUCUGCAAAAUGCCCUAUGUGGAUCCUUUUACGGCGGAUGUGCUGGAUGCCAUCGCAGUGAAUAAGUUUGCGAAAUGUCGCGAUGAUAAGGAUAUAGUCAUAGCCGAAUACGACUUCGAGCUGAACGCGUAUCGUCUGCGUAUUAGAGAAGAAGAAGCCAUGUCCUGGUUUAAGGUGAAUACUACGCUGGAAUGUAAAUACGCCAAGAUUGCCAGAGGUGGCUCAAGCGGGUCGCCAGACAACACUUUUCGUGUGGUGUAUAGACGCACCCUGCCGCAGGACUACAUCGUGCCGCCGGAGGUUCAGUAUAUGCUAGUCCAAUGCUCGGUAGUGAAUGGAAAGGAGAAGCGCAUAGUGCAGACGGAUGGCAUCGCCUUUGUACAGGAUUAUGAGGAACGGAGCAGUGAAGAGCAUCUGGAGGAGCUGGCAGAGGAGCCCAAGCCGAGUGUUAUUAUAUUUGGUAUCGAUUCGAUGUCGCGCAUCAAUUUACGGCGCACCAUGCACAGAACAUUCAGAUACGUUCAGCAAGCUGGUUGGUACACGCUGCAGGGUCUCAAUAAAGUGGGCGACAAUACCCUGCCCAAUCUGUUGGCCAUGCUAACGGGCUACUCCCUCGAAGAUGUGGCGGCAAUAUGCGAUGUGCAGGAGCAGGGCUGCUUCGACCAAUUACCAUUUAUUUGGAAGCGCUUCAAGCUCAACAACUAUACGACGGCCAUGGCAGAGGACUGCAUGGACAUUAGCACGUUUAACUACUUAAAGCCGGGAUUCGCCAAGCAGCCCGUCGACUAUUAUUUGCGCCCUUUGAUGGUGGCCAUGGAGAAGUCGUUCCAGCCGAACCCAUUCUAUGAUGAGAAAACUUGCGUGGGACGCCAUCUAAGUUUUGCCUACGUCUGGGACUUUGCCAAGCAAUUCAUUCAACGUUUCAUACGUACGUCGAGGCCAAUGUUUGGCUUGUUCUGGACGAACAGCUUCACACACAAUAAGUUCGACAAGAGCAUCGCCUUGGAUGAGCUAUUCGUUGAGUACUUCAAGCAGUUCGAGAGCAACGGGCUAUUCAAUCGAUCAGUCGUCAUACUGACGAGCGAUCACGGCAUGCGCACCGGCGUGUUGAGAAGGAUUCCAACUGGCUAUUUAGAGGAGCGUAUGCCCAUGUUCUAUAUACAUCUGCCGCCGUGGUUCCGGCGCAGAUAUCGGCGUCUGGUGGCCAAUUUGGCAAAGAACCGCAACCGUCUGAGCUCCACUUUUGAUAUAUAUAUGACGCUGCAGCAUCUGCUGCAACUUCAAAGCACGACAAAUGCGGACAUUCAGCCCAAUUCGGCAACGUGCCCCAGCUGUCAAUCGCUGUUCUUCCCGCUGCCGAUCAAUCGAACCUGCUCCGAGGCGGGCAUCACUGAGAAGUGGUGCACCUGCCAUCCCACUGCGACUGUCACCACGGAGCCAUAUGCGCUCAAAAUGUCCAGGGCAGUGGUGCAACACAUGAACGAUGAGUUGGUCGAGCGAAAUCUAACGGACCUCUGUGCCAACUACACAUUGGUAGGCGUCACAUAUCUGGACUACAAAAUCGCAUUCAGCUCGAACCUAACUGACGAUACCUCACAAUAUUACGUAAUUCAAUUCGCCACGCAACCCAACGCCGCCAUGUUCGAGGUGACAUUCAGUUGGAACAAUCGCACAGCUGCCGUGAACAUGAAUAUCCAGGAGAUAAGUCGCUUAAAUUUCUAUGGACACGAUGCUAAGUGCAUUAACGAUCCGAUUGCCAAAAAGUAUUGCAUAUGCAAGAACGCGAUAAGAACGACCACAAAGACUCCGAAGACGACGACCGCAGGCAUUUGAAAGCGGGGAGAGCUAUUUCUUACUCGAAAAUAAACAACAAGUUCUAUUAUG